GAGGCGGAAUCUGAGCGAGCACCCGGGCCAGCGGAGCCGGAGCCGCCGGGACAUGGAUCUGAUCCCUUCUGAGGACUUCACAUCUUCGUUCUUGGGACGUUAAACCCAACAGCCUGACUAUUUUGUUUUUGGAAUUUUGGGUGUCCUCUUUUUUGAUCUUUUCUGCUUCCCUUCAUCCCUUUCCUGUCCUGAGAACUCCUGAAGACUGUAGGAUUAUCAUGGAGUCCAGGGAAAUGUUAAACAACUCUCGGCAAAGAGGGAGUGAGUCUGAAUUCCUUACGGGCUCCUCAUCCAGGUCCCCAGCCGCUCCUGGAUGUUCAGGAGAGCCCUUGAAAGGUAUCUCUGUGGGUGGAGAACGCAUGGAGCCAGAGGAAGAGGAUGAAUUGGGCUCAGGACGAGAUGUGGAUUGCAAUUCUAAUGCAGACAGUGAGAAGUGGGUGGCCGGAGACGGCUUGGAGGAGCAGGAGUUCUCCAUCAAGGAAGCCAACUUCACCGAGGGGAGUUUAAAGUUGAAGAUUCAGACCACAAAGCGGGCCAAGAAACCCCCCAAAAACCUGGAGAACUAUAUCUGCCCACCUGAGAUCAAGAUCACCAUAAAGCAGUCUGGGGACCAGAAGGUGUCCCGUACUGGGAAAAAUAGUAAAGCUACAAAGGAAGAAGAAAGAAGCCACUCCAAAAAGAAGUUGGAAGGAGUGGAAAAGAAGGGGGCUGGAUUCCAACAUGAAGAAGCAUUUUAUGAUGUCACUGUGAUGGGGGAGCUUAUCAAAUGUUUCAGCUCUUAG